AUGCUCGCACCGAACGAUUCCCCAAAUUCAAUAUGGUUCUCGAAACGAUUCCUCGUAGCUGUUGUGAUGUUUCUAUGUUUUAUGAAUUCUACGAUGCUGAUAAACAAUAUGAAUAUCGCUGUAGUCGAGAUGACCUCAAACAAAACCAUCUCUACUGCUGGAAAUAUACCUGUAGUUCGAAUGGCUGAAUUCCAGUGGGAUACAGUGACCAUUGGUAAUGUCUCGAGUAUCCUUUGGUAUGGAGGCUUAUUUGCCUUUUUUGUGGGUUACUUCGUGGAUAAAUUUGGAGGUUCGGGUACCUGUGUGAUUAGCAUGAUGAUGUGCGGUGCUUUGACCAUUCUCCAUCCGAUUAUAUUGAAAUUCGAUUAUAUCGGGUUCUUGGCGUGUCGUUUCGUAACCGGAUUUUUUCUGAAUUUGUUUUACGCGAGCACUCCGGAAAUAUACUCCAGAUGGUUUCCAAAAACAGAACGGUCCACUUUGAUAGCAAUUGGUUACAAUGGAUUAAAUGUUGGUGCAGCGCUUGCAUAUCCUCUAUUCGGAUACAUAGCUCAUGAUUGGGGAUGGCAAAUGGUAUUCUAUGUCUCAGGUACCAUAUCGAUAUUUAUUUCGAUACUGUGUCUAAUAGUCGUGAAAAAUCGACCUUCUCAAGAUGGACGAAUUUCUGAGGCAGAAUUAUCGUAUAUUUUGGAUGGAACUGAUGACGCUUCACGAAAAGAAGUAUCUCAUCCUUAUAAAAAAAUUCUCUUAUCAGGAGCAGUAUUAGCUGUUUGUUUUGGAAAAUUUACAUUAGAAUGGGUGAUGACAAUUCUUACGGCUUGCUUACCUUUGUACGUAAAAGAUCUGACAGGUAAAAACACCGACGAAGUAGGCCUGAUUUCAUCAAUUCCCACUGUUGCUCAAAUUUUCAUAUUUCCUAUCGCCGGAUUACUUCUGGACAUGUGGAAAAACACCACAUCGAUCGAGCUCACUUUGAUGCACAAAAUUACCAUCAGCAUAGCGUACCUUUCAUCGAGCAUAUUUUUCGCAGUAGCUAUUCUCUGGAGCGAUUUCGCUACAUCGAUGGUUAUUUUCGUAUUCAUCCAGAUAAUGGUAUCGAUUGUUCCAGCAGCUUUUGAACCGAUUAUUGUUGCCAUUUCUCCAAACGAUUCUAGCGUGAUUGCUGGAUUGUGUAAAUUUUCUACUUGCAUUGCCAUUAUCGUAUCGAGGACUUGUGUUGGUUUCUUGACAAUUAAUCAUAGCACCCAAGAAUGGAAUAAUUGUUUCCUUUUGACUAAUGGCGUUUUGAUUAUUGGAACUGUGAUAUUUAUUCUAUUCGGAUCAAGCGAAGCUCAACUGUGGUCUGCAUCAGAUCGAGAACGAGAAGGAUUGAUAAAGAUCAAAUAUAGAAGAAAAUCUUCUGCCAGUAGCUCAUGAAAAACGGAAUGGUUCUAAGUCAUUUAUGUUUAUUGUGAUAAACCUUUACUUAUUCUAUCAAUAGUCCUGCCCAGUGUAAUAAUAAAGAAUGUCGUUGA